AUGACGACCUUGGCGGCGUCAGCAACCUUCUCUUUUGCUUUCAGCUGCAUACCGUCGGGCGGCAUUCGGCGCCCUCCCGCCGUCGUUCAUCUCUCACCCUUCGCAAAGAAAGCCUCUGUGAGCCUCAAUUCCUGCCACAGCAUUUCUGGGUUCGGCCCAGUUCUUCCUCAACGAGUUGCAACGGUCACCUCUCCUGCCGCGAACCAACAGUCUCUCACCGUUGUUGCUGCUAAAGGGUAUAAAAUGAAAACACACAAGGCCUCGGCGAAGCGGUUUCGGGUGACAGGUAGUGGGAAGAUUAUGAGGAGGAGGGCUGGAAAGCAGCAUUUGCUCAGGAAGAAGAAUGCUAAGAGGAGAUCGAGGCUCUCCAAGAUGGGAUGCUUAGACUAG